AUAUUUGCACAUAUUUUAGCUUGUCUGUAAAUAUGUGCCGUUAUCAAAGCUCUCCUCUUUAUAAUUAGCAUUAAACUAUAUUAAUUUGGUUUUAUGUAUUGUGUAGAUUUAAAAUGGUUUGUGUUGUUGAUAAUUGUGUAGAUCAAUCUGUUGUGUAAUCCGGAAACUUGGACCGGGAUUUUAUAUGCAUCUCGCGCAUCACUCUGAAUUUACAGCAUCCCCACUUCCUUUUUCAACAAAGGCCUGUAACCAGCGGAUGGUUUAGAAAUUAGAGUGAAAAAUACUUUAAAAAAUAACUGUUAAUUAAUCGAAAAAACUCAAUUCGAUUUUCAAAAUUAGUCGAAUCAACGGCAUUGCAAGACAUCUUAGACCUGGAGCGCUUCCGAUGGCUGCAUAUUUGUUGGAUAUUUUGAGAUUUUUGUAGGGCAGCGUGCAGCAUCCUGUAGUGACUCGGUAUCGCCAUUAUUCUGUGUGCAGGCAUAACUUUCGUCAAUUAACAAACCGAACUUAAAUAAAUUUGUAAGGAUGCCGCCCAUAAGGACAAGACGCAGAGGAGAGAAGAGCAAAAAACAGAUCGGAGGAGAAGCCCAGCCCCAGGUUCAGGAUCCGGGGGAAUCUACGACAGGAUCAGCGCCACUGGCGACACAAGCGCCGACGUGCGACGGAAUGGGGACCCAAAAUUUAACUGACCAAUCAGCAGGGUUCCCAAAACCAGGCAGAAUUACAGUUUGGAUUGUUGGCUCAUCAAUUAUAAAAAGGGCAUCCAUAGCAGCAAGAUUAAGACCGGGGGGAUGGAGCCUUGGGCUGAACCAAAGAGGGGUAGAUAUUUGGUGGCAAGGGUACGGGGGUUUAAAAUUUAUUGACCUAGUUCAGAAGGUUAGAUACUUGGCAACAUUAGAGGAUCCUCCAAGAUAUUUACUGAUUCAUUGUGGGGCCAAUGAUCUGGGUCAAAUUAAAUUGUCAAGAUUAUUGUACAGAAUUAAGUGGGACAUUCAAUUACUGUCAAGUAUCUUCACCAACACUACUCUCGUUUGGUCUUUUCUCCUCCCCCGCAUUUCAUGGAGACACUCGAGUAACAUUAGAGCAAUGGAGCAGGCAAGGGAUAGGCUAAACAGAUGGGCAGCAAAACAGGUAUUUCAAUAUGGGGGGAGAAUUAUCAUGCAUUCCCAAUUUGUAGGUAAACCUGUACAAUUGUAUCACUCAGACGGAACUCAUUUGUCAGAGUUAGGGAAUUACAUUUUCCUCAACAACAUUCAAGGGGCCCUGGAGUAUUUUGCCAGUGGGGGUAAAAGCAAAGAAUUUCCUUGUAAAUAAUUAUCAAAGUUUUUGGCAGAGGCACAGUGGUCAUCUUGAAGGUUCCUACCCCCACCAUGUGGCGGUGGGCAACCUGAUUGUAUGUCUGCUAACGCACACAUUCAUCAGGUGCCCAUGUGGCCAUAUCGUCACCUUCAAGCUGGAUGUAGAUAUAUGAUGUUGACUGUUGAUACGUUGAUGUUGAUUUAGUUGAUUUAGUAAUUUUUCAUAUAGACAGUUUAAAGUAAAGAGUUGUAUAUUAAAUGAUAUGUUGAUGUGUCGAUAGCAUGAUUGUGAUCAACCCAGCAUGCUACUUGCCAUUUCGGACGACACAUAAUAUGUUGUUGUAGGGGGUGAGCCCUGUUGUCUGGCGACCCCAAAGUUGAUGUUGUAAAUUCAUUUAUAUGACCACUGUGGCCAAUAUAUGCCAUACAAUAAACUAUAAACUUAAAAAAAUGUGUUUUUUAAUUCUAGAAAUUCAUAUGUCUGCUACAAAUGCAAGGAAUUAGUCUUGUGUAUUGAAUUGUGGGGGUCUGGGUAGGAUAAGUCAUUAUUGUCUUUGAUAAUUGCACAUAUUUUAGCUUGUCUGUAAAUAUGUGCCGUUAUCAAAGCUCUCCUCUUUAUAAUUAGCAUUAAACUAUAUUAAUUUGGUUUUAUGUAUUGUGUAGAUUUAAAAUGGUUUGUGUUGUUGAUAAUUGUGUAGAUCAAUCUGUUGUGUAAUCCGGAAACUUGGACCGGGAUUUUAUAUGCAUCUCGCGCAUCACUCUGAAUUUACAGCAUCCCCACUUCCUUUUUCAACAAAGGCCUGUAACCAGCGGAUGGUUUAGAAAUUAGAGUGAAAAAUACCCUCCCAUCCCAACCCCCACAUAAUUACUUUGACUCGUAUACUGUUUCUGCCGUUUAAGUUUUAUACUUCCAGAUACCAGGAAUUGGCUACAGGGACAGGAAUCCUUAUACC